AGCACGACGAAAGACCAUUGGUUUUUAGAAGAAGAAGAUCACCCGUCCUUUGUCGCAAUUUUUUCUUUAGAUUCAACUUCUAAGCCCGGUGCUAUAACUUCAACACACCCACAGAUGGCAUCCCACAGCACGUCCAAGACGGACAUCAUAGUCAAGGGUAUUCUGGGAUCCCAGAUCAUGUCGGUGCCGUUUGCGUGUGCCCUGUCGUCCAUCUCCUUGGUCCUGGCGUCGCGGUUCCUGUCGAAGACCUCAACCACUCGGCCGCCCCUGCGAAGAUACUUCGAAUACCAAUCUGGUGCUACGAGGCCCACUCGGAUGGUCUUCGCCCGUCUAGGAGCAGUCCUCGUCGCCACCGUUUGUGUCGUAAUGACCAUCAUGGAACUCACCAUUGUCUACCAGACUGCAGUCACCCAUGCCAACGAACCCAAUCACGAACAUGUGAUUCCAUGGACAUCUUCAAUGGUUCCUCUCUUGACUUCGAUUGUUAGCAUUGCAACCCAGAGCUAUUUUUCCGACAAAAUCCUGCACCAAGUCCAACGACCAAAACUCUUCUUUCCAUUCCUAAUUCUGCUGGGUCUUGGCUCCUUGUGCAUUGGCACCGCCGCCACAAUCUCCUUACUAAUCAACCCGUUCCAAGGACCUACAGUCCGAGGAAUCUCGGUGUCCGAAGGCCUGUUCUGGGCGUACCUCGUCAUAACUACGCUCAGUAGCUUGAUCAUCAGCUUCAUCCUCAUAGGCUCAUACCUGAAAGACCGAAGAGCCGCUAUAAUGGAAUCGCAGCGCUCUGGCCAAUCUCCUGGAUUUACAACGACGACCUCCAUCCUCCGGUUCUUCCUCUCCACAUACGCACUGGUUUUUGUGUUCGAUUUGAUGUGUCUGAUCACGUCGAUCGUCUCCGCAUCUUCGAACUUCGAGGUCGCCUUCAAUGCCAGCAAGGCGUUCCUAGUCUUACAAAAACUGAUGGUACGAGUCAUGGCAGUUUCCUAUCUAUAUGCUCUCUUAGACGGAGUGCCAAAGAAUCCCAUCUUCAGUCCGCCCAACGAAGCCCAGCUCAAAACCCUGUACUCGACGCCGCCCGAGCCGGGCUUCAAGACGCCCAAAAACACCGCCCAUCCGGCCAAGCACUCGAAGUCCAAACUCAAAAACAUCCAAAGCUCUGUCUCACGCACCUUGAACAAAUACGAGAGCGAGAAGCAUAAACCGCUGCCCAUCGAAGACGAAGAGGGCGAAAUCUUCUCGUACUCGUACCCGCCGAAUUCCGCUUGUUCGAUGACCGCCAAAGCGGUCAGAACCCCUGGGGCCGGCAACUUCAAAUAUGAUUGGGAGCCAGUGACGCAGAACCUGGACUACAUCAACAUGCCAUCGUCAGCCAAGAGAUCCCAAAACAACCUGUCGCCAGGACCCGGUUGGAAGCCGUCCCCGAUAGGUUAUGCUCAACAUCCUCCAAGCUUGCCGUCGAUCCCCCUUCAAUUUAGAGAGAAUCAGCCGCUGCCGGCGCUUCCAAACCAGUAAUCAAACCCUCACCCGGGGUUGGAACUCUCCUUCAAAACAAUUCGAUCCCUUCUUU